AGUUCGCGCACGUCGGCGAUUUAUGGAAAGAAACUAAUAAAACCGAAAUCGUUUACGAAGUGAAUCAUACCGAACCGUCGUCAAUCUGGCCAAGCUUCAUACAGCACAAUAAGAAAUGGAGAGAAAUUCGACCUGGAAAGGCACGGUGUAAAGCAAAAGGAAAAAAGAACAAAGGGCGCAUCUGGGGAGGGUACAAGAAAUUUGAGCUGAAGAGACAAGAAUGUGACUAUGGCCAAAGGAAAACUUUUGAUUGCAAUUUUGAUAAAGACAUGAGAGAAAAAAAGUGGUCAGAGAGCCAUGAGCAGAGUUCAAAACUUCAUGAACAUAACCUAAACUUUGACAUUGAAAGUUACAUCACUAAGUCACUUAUAAGUAAUCGUCGCAAGAAUGUCAAGAAGCACUUGAAGAUUACUUCCAAUAAAAAUGAAAGGAUUUCCAAAGUGAACCCAGCUUCAUCACAUGCGGUCAAUCUGUGUGGGAAAGGAUCAGUGAUAUACAUCGACCCUGCAACCCCACAACAUGGUUACCAUGACAACAGCAAUACCGCAGAUUUUGACUCUGACAGUGCUGGCUUGACAGCUCUCUCAACAGUUGGAAGAAUUUAG